AUGCAGCUGCUCACCACCGACCUCGACCAGCUGCAGGAGAGGGUUUGCCGUCGAAGAUGUCCUUCCCUGGGUGAACUGACGUGCCACCGCGUCCAGGGCCUUCCGAAGGCAGCACCCGAUUGCCGCCCCGCCGACCAAUACGCCUACGCCACCGGCAAGGACCCGCUCAUCACCGACACUGACGUCCUCUGCGUACCGCUGGGUGGCAACGCUUCUUCGGCGGUCUUCAGCUCAGGCCCCGUCCUGCCCAUUCUCAUCUUCCUCUACACGCUCAACCAGAUGGCC